AUCCUGAAGAAUCACUUGUUUAUAGUCUCGUGUGUUGGUGAGUUUUGCGGCUUUCGAAUCAUUGCACUACAAACGAAUAUUUAUCCAGCAACCGAUCAUACAUUUUCUAGUUGCACACCAAUGCAGUUGUAUAAACUCAUUAUUAUUCGAAAAGGUGGAUUUUAAUAAAAUAAUCAUCAGUAUGGUUCUUUGGAAUAAAAUAGUUUUAUUUUUGAUAUCGCUGUGUAUGGUUGCGUUGUGCGAUUCGGCAUUUCAAAAACCAUUGGACCCCUUCACAUUACUCAGAUACGACAAACGGACGCCCGAGGACCAGCCACCGAACAACGAAAAGAACAUAUCUGUCGAAUUCGACGAAUACCCGGUGAUUGUGCCAAAAAGGACUGCACUAUUGCUGGAUAGACUAAUGGUGGCAUUACAAAAAGCUGUAGACGGAAAUAAUUCUGGAAAUAUGAAAGGAUAUUACCCAGAAAGAUCAAUUCCUAUUAGCGGAGCUCCUAGACCAAGCCCCGGAAUGGAACUACAGAGACGAAAUCAACAAAAGGGACGACUAUACUGGAGGUGUUAUUUCAACGCUGUGUCCUGUUUUAAAUAGAAAAAAUAAAAUCUGUAAACUAUUUAUAAUUUUUUUUUAUCAUAAUCAAUGUCAGUUGAGAAUAUUAUACCACCCUCAUCUUCA